AUGACGCGUUCCGUUGACUUCCAAACCAUUUCCAAGUCUUCGUCUUCUCUGUCGUGUCGUCUCCUACGCUCUAAACUCUCCAUCUUCAGGCAUAAAUCACAGAGCCUUUGUUCACUCUCAAACAACACAACAAGAACCCAUAUGGCGGCGGCGCUUCCCUUUCAUGCGCCUCCGUCCUUCGCCGUCUUCCUCGGCCUCGCCGCCGUGCUCCUACUCCCUCCGCCAGCGACGACCCAGCAGCCGUACGUCGACAACCGCCAGCUCGACUGCUACAACCAGGUCUACGACAACAUCACCGAAGGCUACACCUGUAACGGCCCCAGAUCUUGCCGUGCUUACGUCACUUUCCGGUCACAGCCUCCGUACGAUACAGCUGUCACCAUCGCCAGUCUCCUCAACUCCUCCGCCGCUGGAAUCGUCUCCGCCAACGGUCUCCCCUCCUCCUCCGCCGUGAUCCCCCGCCGGACACUUGUCGUCGUCCCCAUCGAAUGCUCAUGCUCCGCCGGCGGAAGAUUUUACCAGCACAACGCCACUUACCGGCUUCAUGGCGCCGGAGAAGAAAACGGCGACGGGAGGUUAGAGACAUACUUCUUCGUCGCCAACAACACGUAUCAGGCUCUGUCUACUUGCCAAGCCCUUAUGUCUCAGAAUCGUUACGACUCGAAGGCUCUGAGGAUAGGGUUGGAUCUUCUUGUCCCUGUCCGAUGUGCUUGUCCGACCGAGAAACAGAGCUCCGGUGGGUCCAGGUACCUUCUCACCUACCUGAUCGCUCAGGGAGACAGUGUUUCAGCCGUUGCAGAGAUGUUCGGAAGCUCUGAAGCUGCCGUGUUGGAGGCCAACGAGAUCAAUUCUUCAAGCCUCAUCUACUUCUUCACGCCCCUUCUGGUUCCGUUGAGAACCGAAUUCUCAGGGAUCCGGUUACCUCCGCCGCCGCCUCCAGUGACGGCGCUGCCUCCUUCUCCGCCAGUGAGUCCUCCGGUGGAAUCUUCGGGAUCUUUCCGGAAAUGGGUUUUUGUCGGAAUCGGCAUCGGAGCUGGUUUGAUUCUGAUAAUCUCGAUUUCGGUGAUUGUGCUCUGUUGCUUCCGCAAACGCAGGACACGACAACAAGAGAAAGCAACAAUGUCCGGUUCUUUAACAAAAUACUCUGUUCCCAAAACCCAGGAAUCGAGAUCUUGGUCUGUAGAUCUGUCUCCCCAAGAAAAUUCAGGUCUUAAAUCCACCAUUGAAUCGUUAACAGUUUACAGAUUCCACGACCUGCAAGUUGCUACUGAGAAUUUCAGCGAGGUCAACAAGAUCAAAGGCUCUGUUUAUCGUGCUUCCAUCAAUGGCGAUGAUGCAGCAAUCAAAGUGAUCAAAGGGGAUGUUUCCUCUUCUGAGAUCAAUCUUCUCAAGAAGAUCAAUCACUCCAACAUUAUCCGACUCUCAGGUUUCUGCAUUCGUGAGGGAAACUCGUACCUCGUUUACGAAUACGCAGGGAAGGGCUCGAUCAGUGGCUGGAUCCAUUCAGACAAGAAGGAAGGAACAUGUAUGACAUGGAAGGAGAGAGUUCAGGUCGCUCGGGACAUAGCGGAUGCUUUGAACUAUCUCCAUAACUACAUAACCCCUCCGCAUGUCCACAAGAACUUGAAGUCUAGCAACAUACUUGUCGAUUCCAACAUGAGAGCCAAGAUCUCCAAUUUCGGAUUGGCAAGGAUCUUGAACAACGAUGAUCAGGACGACAAUGGCGAGAUCAAUCUUAAGUUAACCAGGCACGUUGUAGGGACACAAGGCUAUUUGCCCCCAGAAUACGUCGAGAACGGAGUUAUAACUCCAAAACUAGACGUCUUUGCCUUUGGGGUUGUGAUUCUUGAGCUUCUUUCUGGAAAAGAACCCGCAAAAGCGCAGAAGAAGAAAGAGAAAGAGAAAGACAGCGAUAACAACAACAACAACAAUGUUGGAGAACAAGAAGAAGAGGCGGAGAUGUUGUGGGUGACGAUAAGCCAAGUGCUCGAGGGAGCUAAUGUAAGGGAGAAGCUAACAAGAUUUAUCGACCCGUGUCUCGGGAAAGAAUACCCGAUGGAGCUGGCUUACGCAAUGGCACAGCUGGCCAAGAGCUGCGUGGCCCGUGAUCUCAAUUCCCGUCCUUCUAUCUCCGACGUCCUGACUACGCUCUUGAUGAUCGUCUCAUCCUCCAUGGAAUGGGAACCAUCCGAUGAGAUGCAUCGUUCAAGAUCUGUUGGAGACUCGUCAUAGACUGCAAUUGCAACUUCUCCAGAGCCAUGACUAACAGCCAGUCGGUCUUACAACAAUAGAGAAACUGCAUCUAUCGAAGAAGAAAAAGAUGGUUUGGUAAUAAGAGCACAUGAUUCAGGACAGAAAUAGAUGAUAUUAUGUGUUGAGAUGAUAUUUAAGUACUAUUUGUAGAAAUAUGUAUAAUAUCGAGAUUCAGGCAGGGUUCGAUGAUUAAAGUAUCCUUAGUACAUCGGAUGCAAUACAUUUGCUCAUAUAUGCAGCUUGAAACUCUAUUAUUCAGUAAAAAUCUUGGCAAAAACA